CUGGCCCUAAAUAGUGUAGCAUUGCAAUCAUUUGAAAACAAGAAAAUUCACAAUCUGCGCAAUCUCACCUGGCAUGCUGGUGUGACUUGAUCGUCUGCCAUUUUGAAGAAAAAUAAUAGAAUCACUAGAGAAAUGCACGUGUUUUCUCGAACCGGAAGUAAUGGAAGCUUUAAAAUGGUUAGGUACCACAGUUUGACCUAGUUAUGAAAGAGUACAAUUUCUAUUACUUAUAUUCAAAUAUGCAUAAAUAUACCAUCAUAUUUAGAAGUAUCAUAUUCGGAUACAAAUUCUUCCAAUCGAAUGGGGAAUUACAUUUAAAGUUCAUUAAACAAAAUCUCGAAUUUAACAUAAACUGUGGAGUGAGACGUUGUUUUGAAAAAAUGGCGGAAGGUGAAGAAGAGCCUCCCAAAGAUCAGUUUGAAGACGAGGAUGAUGAUGCCCCACUGCAACAAAGGAAGAAGAUCUUCUCAAAGGAAUUGCGCUGCAUGAUGUAUGGGUUUGGUGAUGACAGAAACCCUUACACAGAAUCUGUGGAUUUGCUUGAAGAUUUGGUCGUGAACUACAUUACAGAAACUACUAAAAAAGCUUUAGAUGUUGGGCGUCAGGGAAGAAUAGCCGUUGAGGAUCUGAUUUUCCUAAUAAGGAAGGACAAUAAAAAGUAUUCUCGAGUUCGUGAACUUUUGACAAUGAGUGAAGAAUUGAGAAAAGCUAGGAAAGCUUUUGAUGAAGUGAAGUAUGUCGCAUCUAAGUAG